CGGUCCACGGGCGCUGCGUCGCGGACCCCGAAGCAUGGUGAAGGUGGAGCGCGCGGCAAGAGCAGCGCGUGAUCACGAGCCCCAGCCGGACGGCAUGAGCGCGUCCUCUGAGGAGGCGACGGCGGCGGCUCCGACUGCCGCCGCGAGCUCCGUGCAGCCCUGCCUCGUGCCCAGCUUCGCGGACGCGCGCGCGCUGCUGAGCGCGCCGUACUCGUGCCUAGUGGUGGAAGGCAGCCGCAGGCACGUCGCUCUCGCGCCGCUCUACCUCCACAAGAAGAGGAGCGGCAUCCGCGAGCAGCUGGACGCCGAGCUCCUCAAGUACUCGGAAAGCAUGAACGGGGUGCCGCUGGCCUACGACGACGUCAGAGUGCUGGGGCGGUACGGGGACAUCUACGACGACCAGGGCUUCAUCCACAUGGACAUAGAGGCCACUUUCGUCAUCUUUCGACCCAAACGAGGCCAAAAGCUUCUGGGCGUUAUAAACAAAGUGGGAGCGAGUCACGUGGGCUGUCUGGUGCACGGCUGCUUCAACGCCUCCGUCGCCAAGCCGCACCACGUGUCCCUGGAGGCGUGGAAAAGGGCGGGCCUCAAUAUCGGCGACGGCCUGGAGUUCGAGGUCGCCCAGCUGGACGCUGACGUCGCCGGCGUCCUGCUCAUCAGAGGACGCCUGGAUAAGGCGAGGAUACAGGAGCUGAUGGCUCUCAGUAAUUGUGCAGAAGAUGUUUCGGAGGAGUCUGCGCAGCCUGAAACGAACAUGACAGACGGGGUGAAGACUAAGAGGAAGAAGAAGAAGGACAAAAUGAGGGACGACGAGGUCCUGCAGGACUGCUGCGCCCCAGAGGACAGCCCGCAGGAUCAAAAAGAGACCUCCAAACUCAUAGACGUGGCAGAGACAAACAUGAAUGGGCAGAUCAACGGGAAGAAGAAGAAGAAGAAGAAGAAGGAAAAGUGUGUCGAGGCACCUGAGGAUGGUGGUGUCAUCGAGGUGCUCGCCAGCGCCCCUGGUGGAGAAGAGGGUUACAAGCAUAGCAAAAAGAGAAAGAAGGGAUUGGAGGAAACGGAAAUGACCCCCAGUGCAGAUACUGAAAACCCCAAAGCCAAAAGGAAGAAAGUGAAAUAAUUUACUGCGUAAAUAGUUUGUGUCAUCAAUAAAACUGUCCUAUUACUCCCUAAUGUAUUUUAUAUUUACAUAAAUGUUGUUUUACGAGCUGUACCGGAACCUGCCAGCAGGUGGCAAUAUCGGGACGUUUUUGGUCUUCCAUGUAAAAGGGUAAGUUCCUUUCAAGUGCCUUUGCAAAAAAAAAAUCCAAGUAUUUCAAGGAAAUUCCAGUAUGGAUUGCAAAACCUGUGAUUUAUGGGAAAUUAUCGACAAACUCAUUUACUAGGAAUCUAUUACAUGUUUUUUUAAAAUAGCUCUACAUCUCAUAACUGUUGCUUUCUCUUUGCUGCCACUCUCAUAUUGAGAUAUUUCUGCCCCAGCAUUAACGGUUAUACUUAAAUGACAUGUGAGUAGAUUCCAACAUUUCUGGAAUUUUUGGAUUUUUUUUUUUUUUUUUGGACAAUUCAUAUAGAUUGUUAAAUAUGUAAAUUGUGUGUGUGUCCCAUCUACAUGUGAAUGAAUGCUUCCAUGUUAUGUUUUCCGUUAUGGAUAUUAAACCCGACAUUAAAAAUUGUCCCUAA